AUGACUUCUUCAAAUUCUAUAGUAAUAGACUGGUCUUCAUCUUCAUCAACACACGCGUUUAUUCGUAUAGAUGACCCUUCAUUUUCACAAGAUAGUUCUCCUUAUUCAACUACAGACAUUGAUUCUCAAGUUUCUCCAUAUAAUAAUAAUGAUGGUUAUCCAUUAAAAGAUUUUUCUUCUAUAUCUCCCAUUUCUUCAACAACGACUCCACCUAAUGUCGAUAAUUCUUUUCUCAUUUCUUUUAAAAAAUUUCACGUGACCAGAAUACACAAAGCCGGUUAUAACAAGAUUUACGAAUUUAGACAUUCAAAAAGUUUCUUUUUUGAGAUUGUUGAUCACCAUUUGGACACCAAUCAACUUCAUUUACAGAUACACACAAAUGAUUAUCUCAUGUCAACUACCCCUAUUAAGUAUCAUUCCACAAGCGCACUACCGAACGCCAAAUAUCAAAUUAGCAAAGGUCUUCAGCAUUUUUUUUCCUCACAAAAAGUUAUUCCACGUCGUAUUGUUAUGCCAGUUCUUGUAUGCUUAUAA